UACGAGUCAGAGUGGCCGGCCGGGAAGGGAGGAGGUCCCUGGACACCCCCAACCCCACCCCCGCGCGUAGCCAGCCUUUUCUCGCACCCCUGGUUCUGUGCGCUCCAGUUUCCUGGCUUUCCCUUACCCGGCUCCUAAUUCUUAAUUGCUCAGUGGGAGUGCCUCUCAUCUAACAGGGAAGAGGGGAGUUCUUUCAACCCCACCGUCCCAGCACACAGGAACAACACUGACCACAGGCCCUUAAAGAGUUCGUGGGAAUCAGGCUCCCUGGUUUUCGAAGAGCCUAGAACACCUGCUAGCUCCCCUACAGGAAUGAAUUUACAGCCUGCAACCUAGGUCUGCGAUUUCAGCAGUUCCAGGAGGAACCGGAAACCCCUCCAGCCCUGGCAUUCCCUGGUGGAAACUGCAUCUGCUAUUUCUAAGUAGAGAAAAUGACCCAAGGUCUUUCGCCAUCUCCCCAGCAUCCUCUUCUAUAGCCAUGAUACUAGAGGUACAUCCCAGGAAUAACAUGGGCCAGCCAUGGAUGAAGUCACCUUCAAAAGUGACACUGUGCUGUCUGAUGUCCACCUGUACACCCCCAACCAGAGACACCUCAUGGUGCGGCUGAAUGGCAUGGGGCAGCCAGUCUUCCUGUCCCAGUUCAAGCUCCUGUGGAGUCGGGACUCUUGGACAGACUCAGGGCCUGAGGACAAUGGUCCCAGAGAUGUCUCCACACAGGAGACAUCUCCUGCUGGGUCAGGAAGUGGCCACAGUCAUGAGGAUUUGUCCCUCCAGGCUGGGGAUGACAUCGCCAUCCAAGAAGGGUUGAGUGUUCCCCUGGACGAGGAUGGGGAUCUGGAUGUGGUGCGAAGACCACGGGCUGCUUCUGAUCCCGACCAGGCAGAGCCUGCAAGAGACAAGGUACAUCCUAUGAUUCUAGCUCAGGAGGAAGAUGACUUCGUGGGAGAUGGAGCACAAGAGAGCUGCCCCCAUAGCAUCAUCAAAAUCGAGCAUACCAUGGCCACACCCCUGGAGGAUGUAGGCAAGCAGGUGUGGCGGGGCGCCCUGUUCCUGGCCGACUAUAUCCUGUUCCGAAGGGACCUCUUCCAGGGAUGCACUGCACUGGAGCUUGGGGCGGGCACGGGACUUGCCAGCAUCGUGGCGGCCACCAUGGCACACACCGUUUAUUGUACAGAUGUCGGCACCGACCUCCUGGCCAUGUGCCAACGAAAUGUUGCCCUCAACAGUCAUCUGACUGCCACUGGAGAUGGUGUGAUUAAGGUCAAGGAGCUGGACUGGCUGAAAGACAACCUCUGUACAGAUCCCAAAGUUCCCUUCAGCUGGUCGGAGGAGGACAUCAGUGACUUGUACGAUCACACCACUGUGCUGUUUGCAGCUGAAGUGUUCUACGAUGAUGACUUAACCGACGCCCUGUUUAACACGCUCUCCCGACUCGUCCACAGACUGAAAAAUGCCUGCACCGCCAUCCUGUCAGUGGAGAAAAGGUUCAACUUCACACUGAGACACUUGGACGUCACAUGUGAAGCCUACGAUCACUUCCGUGCCUCCCUGGACUCCCUGGAGAAGCUGGCUGAUGGCAGACUGCGCUUCAUGGUGGAGCCUGUGGAAGCCUCCUUCCCGCAGCUGCUCAUCUACGAGCGCAUCCGGCAGCUGGAGCUCUGGAAGAUCAGAGUGGAACCAGCAGCAUGAGCCACCUCCGAAAGGCGUGACCUCUGGACUGUCACUUAAUAUGCUUCCAAUAAAAACAAACCCUUGUGUACUGA